AUGACAUGGAGAGAUGUGAUUUCUCAGGAAUCAUGCAGCGCUCUUGCCGAGCGAGCACGGAACUGGUUGUUUUGUGGCGUCCCAAAAGAACAUCUUUCUACUUUCCAAAGUCUCCUUGAAUCUUUAAAUAUCAAAGAUGCCGAAAUCGCAGAAGCCUUCAGCAUCCAACAAGUAUCAUCUCUUCCCCGUUUGCCCUCUGGACGCGUUGCAGAGGGAGUGAUAUUCGUGGGUGGCCUGUGGGGCUCUCAUUCAAGCACAGCAUGUCUUGAUGAUCUUAGGAACAUACUCCUUGCAUACAUCAAGUCGGCAGAAGACGAUGCAUUCCUUUGCCCUCCCUUAUGUGUGGUUACUAGGUGCAGCAACAGUGCUUUUGGAGUUCCCACUGAUGUCGACUCCAGCAAGCAUGGUACCGAUUUCCACAUAAGGCACGCAGGGCUACUGGGAAUGUGUCGCACUUGUCGGCUCGAAGUUCAGAGGUUCUGCAAGAAGCCAUUUACGCUGUUGUAUGUAAAUGUUGAAGAAGCAUCUGUAGAAUUUCUGGGAAGGGCUUGUGGCUGGAUUGGGGCACAGUUUGAGUUAUUGAGCCACAAUUCCCCUGCUUUAGUCGAGGAAGAUGUCAUCAUCACGAGCACGACUUACAUGGUUCCCCGCCUAGUACAAGUCCCCACUAGCCAAGCACAAGAUAGAGUACCACCUUCUGGAGCGAAAGCUUACCUAAUUACUGGCGGUACUGGAGGAUUGGGUCUAAGUGCUGCAGAGUGGCUACUGAAGCAAGGAGCAGGCUUAGUUGUCCUCCUAUCGAGAACUGGGAAACCUGCCGGUGCACUAUUGCAAACGGCGGCUUGGAGGGCUAUAGAGGAAGGAAUUCAUGCAAAACGGGUUGAAAUUAUGCCUUGCGAUGUGGCAAAUUUUCAAGCUGUACACGGCAUCCUCUCUAAAGUCCACCAAAAUGUCCCCAUUGGAGGAAUAUUUCACUGUGCUGGCAUCGAGGGCGAGGCUAGCCUUCAAGACUCGAAUCUGCAAAGCAUCGAAUACGUGUACCAACCUAAAGUGAGUGGAGCGUGGAACCUACACCUUGCUUGCCAGCAGUUAAACUUGGAAACUAGCCUUGAUAUGUUCGUUCUUUUUUCCUCUAUAUCAGCUCUGCCCGGAAAUGACGCUCUGGCGACUUAUGCUGCUGCCAAUGCAUUUUUGGAUUCGAUGGCAUGUUGGCGCAAAUCCCAAGGGCUCCAGGCUCAAAGCAUUCAGUGGGGGCCCUGGAAUGAUGUUGGCAUGGUCACAAGAAACAAAAAGCUUGAGAGGGUAUUCGAGUCACGUGGAAUUAAGCCGUUCAUGCCUGCAGACGGUGUAAAAGUCAUGGAACUGGCUCUGCGGAUGAAAGAACCAUGUUUAUGCGCCUUGAAUGUAAAUUGGAAGAAAUAUUUACGAGCAUUUGGCCAGUCAGUUCCACAAGCGUUCAUAGAAAUGGGGUUGGAGAAGAUGGGUCCUUCUUCGGGCCACGAAAUAGAUAAUCAUUCGAGGGAAUCCAUUGAGUCCACAGUUCUUGAAGCCGCAAAGGCAUUGGUUGGUGAAGAACGAAAUAUCAGCGCAGAGACACGCCUAGACGAGCUUGGGCUUGAUUCCUUGGGGUCUGUUGAACUUCGAAAUAUUAUUCAGGAAAAGCUCUCAACGAGCUUACCAGCCUCUCUGCUUCUGGAGUAUGGAACUCUAGGUGAAGUUAUUGAGUACAUAUCAGAAUGCCUCCAUAGCCAGCUGCCCACUAGUUCCAUAAGUCGCCCAUCAGCUGCAAGGCCGCUUCCCUCAGCGGAACUAGAAGGGUUUGCUGUAAUCGGCAUGGGGUGUCGGCUCCCAGGAAAGAGCAAUUCACCUGAAGAGUUCUGGAGCAUGUUGGUCGCUGGGACGGAUUGUGUGCAAGAUAUUCCGUGGCAACGGUUCAACAUUGAGCCUCUCUUUGAUCCAGAUCCUGAAGAAAACAAGUGCUAUGUAAGGGAGGCUGCAUUGCUGGAUAACGCUCACCUGUUUGACAAUGAGUUUUUCCGAAUGAGUGAAAGCCAAGCGAGAAAUAUUGAUCCUCAGCAGCGCGUAUUACUGGAAGUGGCUUACGAGACAUUUGUCGACGCAGAAUAUCGGCAAGAAGACGUCAAGGGCCAAGACAUUGGAGUCUUUUGUGCAACUUACACAAAUGAAUAUCAACUGUCUAGUCUAACCAAGGGGGAAAAUGGUAUUCUCGCAAUCGGGGAAGGCUCAGACGGUGGCGUUCCCCGGUUGGGUGAAGCUUCCGGCUACCCUGAGCCUGGUGGACUGAUGUGCCUAAUUCCCAAUAGAAUAUCGUACUCUCUUGGCCUAAUUGGACCCAGCUUAGGAGUUGACACUGCAUGCGCAUCCGGUCUUGUGGCCUUGGACACGGCAAUUAUGAAGCUGAGACUCUCAGCGUGCUCAAAAGCGUUUGUUGGUGCGGUGAGCCUGAUCCUGGUUCCCUGCUUUUUCCUAGGUGGCAGUAAGACGCGUCAAUUUUCGAAGUCUGGGAGGUGUCGCACAUUUGAUGCUGCAGCAGAUGGCCUUGUACGUGGUGAAGGGGCUGCUGGUAUUCUCCUUGCACCUUUAGCGACUGCAAGGCGUGAGUCAAAGUUCGUGCAUGCUGUUGUGCGAGGCUCGGCAAUAUCGCACUAUGGGCAGGGUGCGCGUCUGACGGCUCCAAACAGCAGAGCCCUUACACGGGUUCUUAAGUUGGCGCUGGAGGAUGGCAAAGUAGAUCAGUCCAUGGUCAGGUGCUACGAGGCACACGGCACGGCUACCGUUCUCGGGGACAUUAUAGAAAUGAAUGCGCUUAAACAAGUGUUUGAGGACAGACCAAAAGAGGCUCCGCUUAUCGUAGGCAGCGCCCACAACAAUAUCGGGCACCUAGAUUCUGCCGCAGCUCUCGUUGCGUUUAUGAAAACCGUACUUACUUUGAAGCAUCGCUAUGUCCCACCGAACAUCCAAUUCAAGAAGAUGCAUCCAGAUAUUGGCGCUUUCGACAGAACCAGAAUAAUUUACACUCGUGAAGGCCAAACUAUUCACACUUCCGAUAACCAAACGAGGAUUUUCGGAGCAAAUCUUGCCUACGGUCUAGGUGGCACAGUGGUCGCGUCGAUCACAGAAGAGGGUGACGAUCCUACAAUGGCACCAAAGGUUACGCGCCAUGUGUGGAAGCACAACUCGUUUCCACUCGAUUCACAGAAGUUCGUCUUCUUACUGGGUGCAGCAGCGCUGCUGGCCCAAGAUCGGAAGCAGACUCCUAGGGAUGAUGUUGCCUACCUGGUGGAUCGCAUUUGCAAGGAUAUGCUUAACAGGCAUAAUUUAGUAUCAUUGAAGCCAUGCACACCUCCUAAUAUCGUGUCCGAGAUAUUUUUGACGGGAGCUACGGGCCUUACUGGAAGCCGAAUUUUGUUUAGCUUGCUAGAGCAGAGGAUCGAUUGCGGAAAGGGAGCCCAAAGUCGAUUUCCCCGCAUCUACUGUCUGGUUCAAGCUCGCGACCGAAUGCAUGCGAUGUAUCGUAUCAUCGAUGCUGCUGUGGGGAGGGGCCAGAAAUGGAAAGCCCGCUUUUUUGAGCAAAUCGUGCCGGUUGUUGGAGACUUGAAAGCUCCCAGGAUGGGCCUAUCCUCGAAAACAUUUGAAACACUGGCUACUAGGGUUGAGGCGGUGUAUCAUGCUGCAAGGGUUGUAGACUUUGCGCAGCCGUAUGAGAAGAUCCGAAAAGCUAAUGUCCUUUCGCUCCUGCCCCUAAUAGAGCUAUGCACCACAGGAAUAGCUAAGCACUUCCACGUUUUAUCAGACUUCGCGGCUCACAUUCAGUACUUCGGAGCAUUCGCUGGGGACCUAAACGUGUCUUUACCAGAGAAACUCUCCGUGCCUGACGACCUGGUAGGCAGAAUGGAAAAUCAAAUGCCAGCGAGCAUUAUCGGUUAUCCGUGGGCAAGAUGGGCUGUAGAGGAGGUACUUUCGAAGUGUCAACAACGGCUGGACGAGCUAAAGAAGUCUGCAACAGGAAGUUCUCACGAUAUCGAGAACAAGUUCGCCUUCACAGUGUACAGAAUACCAAACUCAGCAGUGUACUUCAACAAUGGUAGAAUCGAGUUCUCAAAUUCUUUCUUUGCAAUUUCAAUGGCUGCAUUGCAAGAGGGUAUCGUUCCCCCAGGCGUUUUGCCAGUAGGGCCCCCCUUUUUAACUACUCCCAUUGAUAUAUCAGCAGACAUUUUAGUUGACAUUUCAAGGUGUCCUGAACGCCCCACCGUCAUCCACAUCGUCAACCCCACUGGAGUUCGACGGUCAGCGAUUAUUCAAGCACUCCAAAGCUUUGGCAUUCCAUUCCGGGAGUCAUGCGAGGAUGAACUUCUUCGGGGAAUCGAGAAGAAUCAAAACGGCUCCUGCGCUUACUCGCUGCUCCCUGUAAUGCGCUUCUGGAGACGCUACUGGUUUUCUGAAGACCUGGAUAGGGAGGCCUUUCCAAUUGAGACGGCAAACUUGGAAGCCUGCCUUCCCAAUGCUUUGAAACGAUUCCCGAGCGCCAGGGAAACUUGGACAAGGAUGCUAGCCUACUGCUUGGCGAAUUACCAUCUCGUUAGGGACCCCUAUGACGCCAUCUUGCCUAAUGAAUUCCUUCGUAUUGUUGGAGCCUCCAUUCUUUCCGCAGCGUCAUUUAAAGAGCUUUCUAGCUGCACUCAGGAGAUGCUAAAGUCUGCACUCCAUGGCAAAGGAAAUGAUGAAAUUGAGCAUGCUCUAGAUUGGGAGAAGGCGCAGUUCUUAUCCGGCCUAUCUUCUAAAUUUCUUCCUAUAUCGGAAUGA